UUGUUUUAUGAGAGAAGCAUUAUUCCUCACUACACCGUUUUAAAAGCUAUCGCUGAUAAAACAGAAGGAAUGGGAUCAGGAGAGAGUACGACCAGGAAAGUAUCUUUCGGUGUCGAUGAUGAGGACAGGGUCCGGAUCCUCCGUGGAGUCAAGCUCUCAGAAGACGUCCUCCAGCGGAUGAAAGGAGUGGCAAACAUAGCUCCAGAACGCAAACCAUCAACUAACUCCAACAUUCAAAAAGACACAGGCGCCUCAACCCCUCGGCCCCAGCAGAACCCACUGAACCAGGCCCAACCUAAGACCCAGUCCAGCACCAACAAACCGACGUCCUACGCUAAAGAAGAACAGAAAAGGUUUGAACGCCAGCAAACGAAGCUGAAGGAGGACUUGGCGAGGGCGUCACAAAAAGAGAGCGAGGCAGCGAAAGAGGAAAUGAUUAAAGCCAUGAGCCGGGAACGACACAACAAACGUCAGGAAGCAGAGAAGGCCAAACAACUGUCUGCAGAAGAUAUAGAAGUGAUGGCUCAGAAGCUACAGAAGAAAGAUUCACAGCUGAAAGCGUUGGAUGCUUUCUACAAGGAGCAGCUGGCACUACUGGAGAAGAGGAAUUUGGAAAGAUACGGACAGAGCAAGGAGCAAUUCCACCAAGCUGCCUCCGAGGCUGAAGUCAACGUGAGGUAUCGCAGCACAGAGCCGGUGUGUGUUGGCGUGCAGACUCAGAUUCUAUCCUGUUACAGAGCCAACAGAGACCAGACCCUUAAGUGUUCAGACCUGGCCAAAGAGUACAUGAAGUGUAUCGACGCUGCAAAGAAGAACCUGCUGGUCAACCACGGAUGAAGACGAGAAGGAAAAGGGUAAAACAGUUAUUUGACGAAGGCUCUUAUCCUUGGCACCACGAGGGCAGCACAUGUCGCACUCCUGUUUUGAAAUAUGAGAGAGUUAAUUUUCUUUUAGAAUGCCUUGAUCUUAAAACUUUCUUUUUAUGCUAUUUAUCAGAGUUAUCAUCCAUUAAAGUUGCUUUAUUAUUCUGCACAGCUACUUCUCACAGGAGAGCUUUGAAAAGAAAUGAGUGUGUAUAUUAGAUUCAUGGCCUUAAGGAGUACACUUUCAAUUCAGCCUUUGACAACAUCAGCAGAAAGAAUGUCUGAUAUCUGAGUAUAAGGAUGCGUUCAGGGUCACCCCUCCAACAUCUGAAUGUGAGAUUCAGUCUGUCACAUCCUCUGCUGCUUUUGUUGGGAUGAAGAAAAGAGAAAUCAUUUCAGGUAGGAACUGCAUCCAGUGCAUCAGGACCGUCCUUGUUUUGAUCUCGGACUGAAAGAAGGACUGAUUGAGUUUGAUUACUUUUGAGUUUUAGAGUUUUGUAUUUUUUUAAAGACAGGAAAAAACUCAGGUAAUCCUGGCCAUGACAUCAACCCACCAAACCUGUGAUGUAGUAUAUGAUUUUAUUAAAAUGCUCAUAUCCUUUCA